AGAAAACUCCGCUGCGCGUGAAAAACUUCGGCAUCUGGCUGCGCUACGAUUCCCGUUCCGGUACCCACAACAUGUACCGCGAGUAUCGUGAUCUGACCGUUGGAGGUGCUGUCACGCAGUGCUAUAGCGAUAUGGCUUCGCGCCACCGUGCCCGUGCCCACUCCAUUCAGAUCAUCAAGGUCGAAUCGGUUGAGGCCUCCAAGACCCGUCGUGCUCACAUCAAGCAGUUCCACGACUCGAAGAUCCGCUUCCCGCUGGUGCAAAGAUACCACCACAAGCGCUACAGGAAGCUGUUCUCUUUCCGCCGACCGGAUACUUACUAUCAGUAAACCAGGAGCCGCCGUUCAUGUACUGUUAAUUUCACUCUUUUUUAGGGAGUAAAAAUGAUGAAGAUCCGUAA